AUUUAAUAAAAAAGAUUUUGAAUAAGAAAGUAAAGAAAAGUGCAAAGUGCUGUGUUUCAAAGUGACGUUUGAACUGUGUGUGUGUCCUGUGUGUGCAACUCCAACGCAAAACGGUUACGUUACGUUAUAUAUUUCAAUUUUAAAACGCUUACGGAUACGCGCUAACGGUUUAUUAUUAAAGUAACUGCGUUUGUGGUUCCGCGGUUGCGUUUUCCAAUUGAAAACUUCGCACGAAAUCUGUAAAAAUUGUCUUAAAGCGGCAAACUAACGGUCGGUCGUUUGGUCGGUCACUCGGUCGCAGGGUCGUUGGACGGUCGUUGGCUUACAGCCGUCGCUCGUUGGUGCCUGCAUCCUUGCGCCUGCAACACCCAUCACCUAACUCCCCUUCCAACUCUUCGCGCUCUGUUUCUCUCUCUCUAUCUCUCUGUUUAUACCGCACACCGCUUGCGCAAUGCGCCACCUUGCCGGCUGGUGCAUUGAGGCCGGCCGCUAGAUGCAGGAGCCUACAAAACGGCACUUGCUGUCAGCCAAACACCCAGCCGUCCAACAGACACCCCCCGGCAAGCGACCAGCUGCCCGGCUUUCCUGGUGCGUCGCGCCUGCAACCAGCGCGCACGAAGUCGUCGUCGUCGUUGUCGUGUAGUCGUGUCGGCACACAUCGUUCGCAACGCAACAAUACACACACACACACACACAUAAACACUCGAGCGAUGCACAAGCUGCAUUGCAGCACUCAGCAGCAGCAGCAGCGGCAACAACAACAGCGGGCCGUUAGAAUAAAAACGCUGCAAUACGGUGCGCGCCGCAGUGACGGAAGUGACGUAAUUUCCGAAACAGGAAGCAGCCGCAUAGCGCUACAGUGAGCGAGUGCACGAGCGCCCGAACGAACGCAUAGACAAUUUCAAUGGCCAACAACAGCAGUGUCGUGCUGCUGCUGCUGGCGAACGUUCAGCAAAAAACUAGGAGGAGGCGAAAAACUGUGAAUGGCAAAAAUUGAAGAAAAAAUGUGCAGAUUUUUUGAAAUCAAACAAAAUUCAAUGUGUUCAAAAUGAAAAUGAAAAUGAAAAAAAAAAUAUGCAAAGAAAAAUGAAGAAAAUCUAUAAUCAUAAAAUAAGUAAAUAGCAACAACGCGUGUGCAUUUUCAAAACAUAAAAAUUAAAUAAGAAUUAAUUCUGAGCAUAAAAUAUGAUUUUUGAAAAUAUGAAGAGCAUAUCAACAAUAACAAAAACCUACAUAUUUCUUCUUCUGCGAAAAUAUUGAAUUAAAAAUAUAAAAAAAUAUUUACAUAUGUGCCGAAAAUCAAGCGAAAACCAAACAGCAUGAAAAGUGCAGUGCUCAGCUUAGUGCAAACGAAAAAAAUUGUGUGAAAAUAUUAAGUGAUAAUAAUAGAAAAACAGUUGCAAAUCAAGCCAGAUAUUUCGAUCCAAUGAAGCGACCGCCGCAAAGCCGCUAAUGAAGCGCGCUAGCAGUCGAGUACGUUGCAUGGAUAUGCGUUGGAUAUGCGUACGAGUAUUACAGCUGUGGUGGUAGUAGUUGGGCGUUGAACGGAGCAUAGCUACGCAUAAGAAAAAUUAUAUAAAUACGAAAAAAGGCAAUGCCAAGCGUAAUAGCCGGGGUGUGAAUUAUGAAAGAGCGACCUCACCAGCAAAUAAAAAGGCAGACAAAAAAAAAUAAAUAUAUUAAUUAAAAGCAAAAACAACGUAGUAUAUACAUGAAUCUCUGGCAACGCAGAACAAAAACCACAACUUGUGUACAACAACAACAAGAAAAAAAGUGUAAUAUUCAAAAAAUAAAAAAAAACGCAACAAUAGUAAUAAAAAAAUAUAUAAAAAUAUUUAAAUAAAAAACAACAACAACAAUAACAACAUUAAAAGUUGAAAUGGACUCGUCGCCGCAAUUGUAUAAAAUAAAUUCCAAAUGUCUUCCGGAAUAAAUUGUCGUGAAAUUUUCGUAUUUUUGGAAAUCUUAAUUUGGAACCAAAGGGAUCAUCAGAAGAAGAGAAAUCAUAAUCAACAACAACAGCAGCAGCGAAACAACAACAUUAGUGAUAGUGACCAGCAACAACAACAACAACCACACAACAACGCAGUGAAAGUGUUAAAGUGUAAAAAUAACAAUAACAAUAGCAACAACAACAACAACAAUAAUAACAUUCACCAAACCUGCACCAGCAACAAUAGCAGCAAUAGCAAACACAACAGCAACAACAUCAGCGGCGUUAGCGGUAGUCAAAGUAGCAGCAGCAGCAGCAAUAACAAAAGCCAAAAAAUCAACAAUUACACGCAUUGUGCUGGUCAUCGUCAGCAACAACAACAACAACAACAGCAGGAACAGCAAGCGCAUUUAAAAUAUUUCCAACAACAGCAACAGCAGCUGAACAACGCCAAAUGUAAUAAUAUCAAACUCAGCAACAACAACAACAACAAUACGCAUACAAACCAACUGAAAUUGUUGCAAAAUCAAAUGAAAAUCGCACGCAAAGCCUGCACCAGUAACCACUAGUGUGUGUCUUUUGGAAGGGAAAAAAGAAAUUUCACAAAAUCCAUCAAAAGAGGAAGUAAAAUUUAAGAAAUUUCUACAAAAGAAGAAAUUCCGCAAACGGUUUGCGAGUUGGCACUUAGACGCCACAUCGCCACAUACACAAACAACAACAAAUACAUACGAUUGUGUGCGUGUCUGCUGCCGAGAGCGGAGCAAUCAAAAGAGAAAUUUGAAAAAAAAAACUUUAAAAGCGCUUUGUUGUUGGCUUAGAGACGAUGUACACACACACAGCAAAAGCGCAUAGCUAAAUUUAAUGAUUUUUAUAACAAAAAAAUUUAAUGAUUUUAUAAUUUAAUUUACAUGCGCGCAUAAGUCAACGGACGGAAAAAAGUAGCCAACACUGCCAGCGAGUAGCGAGUGUUUUUUGUUGAAUGCAUAAACUAUUGGGACAAAGCUGAUUACGAAACGAUUUGUUGUUUUUUUUGUUGCAACGAUUGUUUGAAAAUUAACUGUUUCAAACAAUUCGCUCUAAUUGUUCGAACAAGUGUCUUAGAAUAAAAUGAAAUAAUAGUUAAAUAAUUGAAAACAAAAAACGUUAAAUAAUCUACACACGCAUACAUAUAUAAACUAUAUAUACAAAUACAAGCAAAUUCAUAUAUAUAUAUAUUAAAUAUAUAUACAAUAUAUAAGUUGAAACUUCAAUGAGAAACUAUUAAUUAGUAAAUAACCAGCAAAUAGUACCUUUUCAUAAACAAAAUAUUAAUAAAAAAAUAAAAAUAAAAACAUUAACAAAUAUAUAUACGAAAAGCAGUAACAGCAACAACAACAACAGCAAAUUUAACAACAACAACGUUUAACUUAUAUACAAGCAUAAAAUAAAAUUAGAAAAAUUUAAAAUAAAAAUUCGAGCAAAAAUUUAUAAAAACAAAGCAGCAGCGGGAAAAAAUAGCGGCAUCAUUUAAAAAAAAAACCAACAACAAAACUGUGAUACUAAUAUUUCACAUUUACAUACAUACUUAUAGUAUAUACAUAGCAGUUGCAAACGUACGUAAACGGGUUAAAAAUCAGCUGCGAAAGCGUAUAGUGAAUUGCGUAACUGCAGCCAACAACAACUUUUGAAAAAUUAUAUAUUUAACAACAAAACAGUUUCAAACUUUAUAAAUAAAAAUAAUAAUAAUAAUUCAACAAGUACCGUAAAUCCUUACAAAUUUAUAUACACACCCAUACUUAUAUAUAACUAUGCACAUAUAGUACAUACAUAUGUCGUAAGUAAAAAAAAAACAAGCAUUUUUGUAUACUUGAAAAUUUCAAGAAAAAAAAUUAAAGCAUUUUGUUAAAAAAAAAAAUUGAAAAUAAAAACUUUUUCAAAAACUUUUUGAAAAUCUCUCAGAAACUUGAAGUAAUUAAGACAGGCUUACAAAUAAUUACUUUCAAAAACUUAAACGCGUUACGCAAAUUAACUAAAAAUAAUAAUAAAAAUAAUUUUCAAAAUCACUAAAAUUAAAAAAUAACUGUAAACAAGUUUAAUUUACAAGCAAAUAACACA